AUGUCAGUUAUCAGUGAGCACCAAGUGCAGCUCUCAAGCUUUGAUCCAAUCGAAAAAUGUGUGAAAUCGACGUGCCCUGGAUGUAAAUCGAGUCGAAAAUACUUUUGCUAUGAUUGUCGGACACCGAUGCCCGGCGUUUUCACGCCAAAUGUUAAGUUGCCCUGUCUCGUCGACAUCAUCAAACACCCGAUGGAGAAAAACAGUAAAAGCAGUGCACUCCACUGUAAAAUCGUCGCACCCGAUCAGACGCGUGUGUUCGAUUAUCCGGAUGUCCACGACUACUCGCAGGAUUCAGAUGAGGAACGCCUCUCGACUGCCAUCAUUUUUCCGAGUAAAUCAGCGAUUUCUGUGGAGGAAUUUGUGAGAACGAGAGGACCGAUUAGGAGGAUUGUUGUGUUGGAUUGCACGUGGUUUCAAGUCGGAGUUAUGCAGAAAACUCCGCAGAUUCAAGGCCUCCAACACGUGUGCCUCCAAUCGUACCGUACCGCAUUCUGGCGACCCCAACAUAACGUACCGGAAACGGGUCUCGCCACGAUAGAAGCCAUCUACUACUCACUUCGAGAAUAUCAAGAAUUGGGUCUCGGCACGAAGUAUACGGGAGAGUUUGACGAUUUGUUGUAUUGGUUCUUUCACACGAAACAUUUUGUCGAUGGGAAACAAUUGGAGUAUUUGAAGAGGAAAGAGGAGGAAAAUGAGAAGAAAUAG